CACGCUGAGCCAUCCCCCUCUCUCUUUCUCUCUCUCUUUCUCUCUCUCUCUCUCCGUCAUCUCACUCACCCUCCCGACUCUGUGGCAGCGGAGAAGCAGCUGUCCUCUCGUCUCUCAUCUCUCGGCUCUCAUCAGGCGCUCGGUUGCGAGAAGGUUGUGAAAGAAGCCUGACGCCGUAUCUGUGAUAUGCACCGUCUAACCUGAGGACGAGUGAGAAUCUGCACGUUCCCUCUCUCUCUCUCUCCUCCUCCUCCUUCUCCUCCUCCUCCUCCUCCUUCUUCUCUCUCUCCUUUUUGCUUCAUUGUUGUGGAAGAGUGACACAACGUGGCUUCAGAGCGAACCGAGCUUCCAGAUACGACACUUUUCGAGCUACAUGAGUGAGUGAGAGGAGAAGGAGGAGGAAAUAGAGGAGGAGGAGGAGGAGGAAGAGGACGAGAGACAGGAGCAAACCUGAGGGCAGACCCGCCUUUGCUUACCUCUGAGCUGUGUUAACGAGAGGAGAAGCGAAGAUCUGAGAAGGAGCCGAGGAGGAUCUUAACGCUCGUUGUGGACCCGGUGCAGGUUGGAUGCUGCGAGACGAGUGAAGAGCAGCCAAACAUUCGUUCUAUUCGCUGAAACAACUCGGAAAGAGAGAGAGAGAGAGAGAGAGAGAGAGAGAGCGAGAGGGGUGAAUAUGGGAGUCCUGCUGUGUAGCUUGCUUGUGUUGGCUCUGAUCUGUCAAAAUCAUAGCUCCAGCGUCAGAAGCCCUUUGGACAGAUACAAACGGUUUGAAGAGACGCCAUGGUCCGAGCCGAACGACUGCUCCCAGGCCAGGAAGCCUUUUGUCCUGACCAACCCGUACAACUUUUCCUUGGAUAUCCGCAUGCCAGGGGUCACACCAGCAGUGUCUGAUACCUAUUACUGUAUGGCUGUUCCUGUGCCCACAUCAAAGGAGGCGUAUAUCGUGGACUUUGUGCCCCAUGCUUCCAUGGAAACCGCGCACCACAUGCUCUUAUACGGCUGUAGAACUCCCUACUCCACCAAAGGCUACUGGAAUUGUGGGACAGAACAGGGCACAUGUGAGGAUGAGGCCAAGAUAAUGUAUGCCUGGGCAAGAAAUGCUCCACCCACUAAGCUCCCUAAAGAUGUCGGCUUCAGAGUCGGAGGAGAUACCAGGAUUACCUACUUUGUGCUGCAAAUCCACUAUGGUGAUGUCCGUAGUUUUAAAGAUCACCAUAAAGACUGCUCAGGACUUAAUCUACAAAUGACUUCCAAACCACAGCCCUUUAUUGCUGGCAUGUACCUGAUGAUGUCUGUGGACACAGUCAUCCCUCCAGGAAAGACAGUAACCAAUGCUGACAUCGCUUGCACGUACUCAUCAUACCCCAUGUACCCGUUUGCCUUCAGAACCCACACACAUCGCCUCGGUAAAGUCGUUAGUGGUUACAGGAUUCGAAACGGACAGUGGUCUUUGAUUGGCCGGCAGUCUCCACAGUUACCACAGGCAUUUUAUCCGGCCAGCAACGCCAUCGACGUGCGAUAUGGAGACCUUCUGGCUGCUCGCUGUGUCUUCACAGGAGAGGGAAAGACGACUAAGACGCAAAUCGGCGGCACUUCCAACGACGAGAUGUGUAACUUCUACAUGAUGUACUAUAUGGACAGCAAGCACGCCGUGCCUUACAUGGACUGCAUGGACCACGGCAGCAGCAGUCUGUUCCGGAACAUCCCUGACGAAGCCAACGUCCCCAUCGUCGUAACGCCAGACCAGAUGAUGGUGCACGGCUCAGAGAAUAAAGACGGCAAAGACGACACCGCGCUCCAGCAACCCAAGAGGGAGGAGGAGGCUCUGGAUCAGGGUGACUUCUAUUCCCUUCUCUCCAAACUCCUAGGGGAGAGGAAGGACAUUGUCCAUGUGCAUAAAUAUAACCCCACGGAGGCCCAUGUGGAUCUGGUGGCCGAAAUCGAUAGCAUAAUGCAAAAGAAAGACCUGGGCUGGCGCAAACCCAGACUAGGCUACGCACACAGAGACGGUGCAGUUCUGGUGCGGGACAGAGUGCACAAGUUUCACCAGUUAGAGUCCACUGUCAGGCCUCCCGGGACCAAGAUUGUACCUGCCAGACUUCCAGGCCCAGGGGUCGCAAUGGCCAAAAAACAAGGGACUCAUCUGGAGGAGGUGAGCGGAUGGCCGGAGGUGACGCUGCAGCUGGGUCAGGUGUCUGGUCUGGCUCUGGACUCUGAUGAGAACCUGGUUAUCUUCCACAGAGGAGAUCACAGAUGGGGAGUCAACUCUUUUAACAAUGGUGCCAUAUACCAGCAGAAGUCUCUUGGCCCCAUUCAACAGUCCACCAUCUUGGUGGUGGAUCCAGUUAAAGGCAGUGUGCUCAAGGCCUCAGGGAGAAACAUGUUUUAUAUGCCGCAUGGUAUCACAACCGAUAAGGACAAUAAUUAUUGGGUGACAGAUGUAGCUCUUCAUCAGGUGUUCAAACUGAGCAGCGAUGGGAAAGAGAAGCCGCUGCUGGUUCUGGGGGAGGCUUUUGUGCCGGGUUCUGACAAGAGCCAUUUCUGCCAGCCUACUGAUGUCGCCGUGGACCCGGACACCGGGAACAUCUACGUGUCUGACGGCUACUGCAAUACCAGGAUCCUCACAUUCUCGCCAGAGGGCAAAUAUCUGUCCCACUGGGGUGCAGGUUCACUGGACCGGCGGAGGCGUGUGCCCUUCCAGAUUCCCCACAGCUUGGCGUUUGCGGCGGAUAAACGCGAGCUCCUGGUUGCCGAUCGGGAGAACGGGCGUGUGCAAUGCUUCAUGGCCGACACGGGCGAGUUUGUGAAGGAAAUCAAGAAAGACGAGUUUGGAGGGGAAGUGUUCGCUGUCUCCUACUCACCCACACAAGGUGGCCUGAUCUACGUGGUGAACGGAGAAUCAGCAUACGGUCAGUCCGCCCCGCUGCGAGGCUUCGUGCUCAAUUAUUCAACCAAGGAGAUCCUGGAUGUCUUCGCGCCAGACACGCAGAAAUUCAAAAUGCCUCACGACAUCGUCGUCGCAAAGGACGGAAGCGUCUUCGUCGGGGACGCCGCCUCAGACUCCGUUAUAAAGUUCCUCCCAUCGGAAAAAGCAGAGCACCGUUCUGUAAAAAAAGGAGGAAUCGAGGUGCAGGAAAUUGAAGAAACAGAGACCUUCGUCCAGGCCAAACUGAAGCCGAUACACAAGCAGAUGGUCCACACGGCUGAAGUGACUGUACAGAAACUACCCGUGGCUCAGGAGAAGGAGACAGCGCCGGUUCAACAGAUCAAAGCUCCAGAAGAGAAAGAGGAAGACAAGGAGAAUGAGAAGAAGAGUGCUAAAACUCAGGGUAUGUCUCCUGCAGUCCUCACCACUCUGCUCCUGCUUCUCCCCCUCGUGCUGGUCAUCACCAUCGGCGUCUUCAUCCGCUGGAAGAAGAGCAGGAUGUAUGGAGAUGGCCAUGAGGUAAAACUGGAACCAUCAGGAUCAUCAGGAGGAAUCUUGGGGAAACUCAGAGGAAAAGCUGCAGGGACUUUAAACUUGGGUAAUUUCUUCGCAACCCACAAAGGCUACACACGGCAGGGCUUCGACCGUCUCAGCACCGAGGGCAGCGACCUCGAGAAGGAUGACGAGGACGCCACCGACUCUGAGAACGAGGAAUAUUCUGCCCCGCCUCCCCAGUUUCCUCGUCCUAAUGGACCGGUCGAGGGACUGCCCCCUUUUCCGUCUGUGCUCAAACCCUUAUAAUGUACUGCGAUCUUAUAUGUAACUAUACGCAUUGGCUGCCAAUAUAUUUAAUUUAUUUGUGCAGAAAUAUUUUUCUUUUCCUAAUACGAUAUACGACUGCCACUUUAAUUUAUGAUUUUAAGGGAGCGGACGCAUAGAGGAGCAAACACUGGUAGAUUCGGGGAUUUAGCUCUAUGCUUAUUUUUAAUAGAAGAGGAAAAAGAUGUAGAGUCGUUUUUUUAUUUGUUUUUCAUUUUAAUUUGACAGAUGGAUGCCGAUAAUUUAUCUUAAUAACACUAGUUCUUUUUAAUUUUCACAUCACUGGUCCAGAUGUUUCAUUUCUUAUUUGUACAUUUGUGCCUUUUUUGAUGAUGUAUUUUGCCUUCUGCAGCACCUAUAUCACUACAGACGUGCCACUUUCUUCAAAGCGCUGCUAUCGUCCACCUGUAUUUUGAUUUACGUCGUGCCGCAUUUAAUGAAAAGAAAGAAAAAAAAAAAAGAAAAGAGGAUUAUUAUUAUUAUUAAAAUGUGUCCAAAGCUGUAUUUACAACAUUUUCCAAGCAGGAUGUGAGACGUGUCUGAUAUUUGUUGUGACAUAAUGAGGUUUUAUCGCAAGAAUACUAUUUUCAGUAACAAUGUUAUUUGUGUAAUAAAGUGUCUGCAAAGCA